UAUGGUUGAUCUGUAGGCUCUUUCCUAUCGCUCAGUGGCGAAGACAGCGACGACGACAUGUAUUCCGAUGGUUUUGACCCGGGCAUCACUUCAGAAGACAAAGCUGCAAGUCCAAUUGGUUCCCAAUUCAAUUCUCAAGACAGCGUUACGGCAUCACUGUUAAAUACCAAAUCCAAGACUGCAGAACGCUCGAAAAUGCACGCGAUAACUCCUCACUCCACCAAGACGAAAAGCAAAGGCCAAAGUAAGAUGGCGGCUAGAAGGAGCGUUCCUCCACUUCAAGAAGAUUUGAGCCUUAUUGCUAGCCCGAAGUCCAGAUCUUCGAUUCGUUCGCCACGAUCACUUUCGGAUGAGGACGACUGGGAAGAAGAAGAAAAGGGUUUUUUGAGGGACGUAGCGAAGGAAGUGGAGCGACAUGACAAGCCUCCUAAAAAUUCAGUGACAAGGAGUCCCCCGCAGCACUCAGAGGAUAGUAAGCAAGAUGUACAUUCUGGUCUUGUCGCUGCUCCAAAGAUACCAGCCGAGAACAAGCCACCAAAGCGCGUCAAAGCCCCGCUACCUUUAAUCGAUCAACGCAUCGCGUUUGCCAAAGAGGUACUACGGGACCUGGAUGAGGAGAAAAAAGAAGCAUCCAAAGCUGCUGAAGAAAAGGAGCGGCAAAGGCGGUCCAGUUCUUCAUCAUCUUCUGUCUCCCGUGAUGAGUCUCAGGCCGUUGUGUCUAGAGCCAAAAAUCCACGCUCGUAUCAACCAAAGAGCUUGGACUUUUCAUUUCUCCAGGUCGAUGACAAAGAAAAUGGAUCAUCCAUUAACGCAAGCGAACCUCAAGGAAAAUUAACGGAGACCCCUCUGGAUCUUGAUUUCUCUUCUAACCAGCUAGGUCACUCAUUUUUAUCAGUAGUUCAAGAAGCAGACAGUUCUGACCAAGAGGUGAAAGGGAUGCCAACACAAUUUGAUGAAGACAUGGCGCUUGACUUCCAAAGUGAUCCCAAAGAGGCUGCGAGUGUAACGAAAGCCGAGGCAAAGUCCUUACCAGCGAUGGAAAUCGUUGCAAGUGCGAACCAGCGCGAUGAGGACAAGCCAAAAGACGAUGAUGAUGGCGAGGAAAGGGCUCAAGACGUGUCUCGACGUUUCCACAUGAUGCAAGCAGGCGUAGAGGGUAAGAGAUUCGUGAAGCCUAGGCUGAAAACAAAAGACAGUUAAACUUAACCUAUUUAUUGCGGUGGCAGGCACUCUAGACGGGGAUGAUGAGGAAAACGCCGAACCAAGGAAUACUAAGAAGACAGUGAUCAGCGUGCCGAGAAAAUUUGAUGGAGUCACGAAGGAAGCAGCUCAUACUUCUCUUAGCCCUUUGCCUACUCCGUUGGCAGUUUUUAGCUCCAGCAAAGGGUUUUCGAUGGAAAAUUGGUUCAAGCGCACGCUUACAGUCGACGAUAGAAGCAGCAAGACUUGACCGAGUCCAGAUUCAGUGGGUAUUGGUGUAUGUCGUGUAUUAUGUGUAGUUCGAGCACAAAUUGUUUGCGUUUUGAAUAAAAAGUGAUGCGAGAAUACAACGUCACAAUGCCGAAUCUAUUCUAGUAACAUGAGUUCUAACACAAGUACUUCGUAUCGAGACAAGAAGACGCGAAUGGGAAGUCGAAGUGGUGAUUUUAAC